AUAUACAUCCUUCCCUCCAGCUCCAGCGGGAUCCUGAGCAAGGCAGCUCUUCAGGAGCACUCACCACUCAGUGCCUCUCAGUGAAAGCUAUUUCUGCAGGGUAGGUCACUUCAUUUAGAUCCCCCAUGGCUAAACCUAUGUCUUGGUCUGUGCCUUUUCCCCCAGAGAAGGAAGUCCUGGGAACUCAGAGGAAUUGCCUGGUCUGUCUGCCAGAUGGGUCAGGUGAGGGGUGCACGCUGUGCACAGCCUUCAGCAGCAGCUCUGUGGUUUCCUCCCAGCACAGCCAAGGGGUGACUGGGGGUGAGGGGAGAGGGUAGAAUGUCCCACACACACAGGACCAGGCAUAUUGUCAUCCUCCUCUCCCCUUUCCCUCCAACUCCUUGGCAGCAGGGACUCUGGGCAGUGGAGAGCAGCUCUGCAUGAGUGGUUUGAUGAACCAUUAGCAAUAGCAGGAGUGAGCUGGAGAUGGUGGACCAUCUUGCAAACACCGAGAUCAACAGCCAGCGCAUUGCUGCUGUGGAAAACUGCUUUGGGGCUUCUGGACAGCCCUUGGCCUUGCCGGGCAGGGUCCUUCUGGGAGAAGGGAUUUUAACCAAAGAAUGCCGCAAGAAACCGAAGCCUCGCAUAUUUUUCCUUUUCAACGACAUCCUCGUCUACGGCAGCAUAAUCAUCAACAAAAGGAAGUACAAUUCCCAGCACAUCAUUCCCCUUGAAGAUGUCACUUUGGAGACGCUGCCAGACACCUUGCAGAUGAAGAACCGUUGGAUGAUCAAAACCUCCAAGAAGUCCUUUGUGGUUUCUGCAGCCUCCCUCACGGAGAGGAAGGAGUGGAUCAGCCAUCUGGAGGAGUGCAUCAAGCACCUGCUGACCAAGACGGGCCGGCAGCCCUGCAGGGAGCACGCGGCUCCCUGGAUCCCAGACAAGGCCACGGACAUCUGCAUGCGCUGCACGCACACCAAGUUCUCCACGCUCACCCGCAGGCACCACUGCCGCAAGUGCGGCUUCGUCGUGUGCGCAGACUGCUCCAGGCAGAGGUUCCUGAUGCCCCGGCUGUCCCCCAAGCCCCUGAGGGUCUGCAACCUGUGCUACAGGCAGCUGCUGGCAGAGGAGAAGAAGGGGGCACAGGUGGAUCAGAGGCAGGCGGAGCCGAUCCACUCUGCCACCAUCCAGGGCUACGAACCCUCCAGCGGCGAUGACAGCGACAAGUCUGAUGAGGACAAAGCUGAGCAGUGGCCAGCAGACACAGAGUUUUAUACCUCAGAAGUAUCCUGGUCAUCUUUCCACAGCUGACCUGCCUGGGAGCUGGUGGUGUUUAGACACUGGGGAGCCAACCUGUGGCCUCCAGUGCGUGUCCUUCCCGAUGCUUUCUCUGAAGGCCAUGCCUAGGAAGGUGGGUCUUGGCCCCUGUGUGUGGUGUCAGAGCAGAGGUGAGCUUACCCCUCUGAGAACACCUCAUAUGAUGUGAUCACAGACAGAACAGCUCUGGAGAGCACUGAGGACUGGGACAGUGCCCUAUAGAUCAGCCUUGGCCAAAUGAGCUCACCUUCGGUGCCUUAUUCUUCCUCUCUGCUAAAGCACAGCCACGUGAACUUCGUGUUUGAAAUGUUUUGAGAUUGGCUCUUGGGAGAAAAAGGAGCAAGAAAUCCUGGAGUUGAACACAUUGACCUGCUCACAGUGUGUUCCUCUGUCAGGGCAAGGGUCACUCUGGAUGCCAGGAGCAUUCUGAGAUUCUCACUGCAAGCGUGCCAGCCUGAGGGAACAGCUGCUCAUCCCUGCACAGUAGGGCCAGCACUGGCUCCUGUCUUCACCUGCAUCUCUCAAGGCUGGAAGCACUAAGAGAACGGUACUUGGAAUGCAGGGAGCUUGUGGGAGGCUCAGUGUGAGCAGCCCUGGCAAAGCACAGGAGCAUCCAGCUCUCUCCCAUGGAGAGAGGCCAUGCCAGUGGUAUGGGGCCAGGAGGGGGAAGGAGAGGGGAAAGGGACAGGGAAAAUUACACUGAGCAGAGAAAUACAGAGGGAGGGAGAGAAGUACUGCAGUUCACUCAAUUAGGUGCAGAGCCCAGCUCUCAAGCACAGGCAGUUAUACCAGAUUACUAGAAACUUGAAAAACUCAAGCCUAUCAGGUAAAAGGACAGCCCAGGGAACAUUUUUUAGAAGUCUUUACAGAUCCAGGAAAAAGCCCCAAGUUAAGAUCCUGUGAAGUACAGCACUUCAGCUUCCUCCUGGGCCUCCUGCCCAAGGCAUCGAAUUCUCACUUGUGGGCUCACCUCCUGCCUUAUCAGUCUCACGAGUCCAAAGUUAAGGUCCUUUACUACUUCAAGGAUGGGAGCCAAAGACUUUAUUUGAGAUCAGCUUUGAAGUUCAAAUUCAGUUAGAAAUAAACUGUGUUUAUUCAAGUAUUCUAUCGUAAUGUAGCGUGGGAGUAAAUAUAGAGGAAAUCAGACAACAGCAAUUGUUUUGCAGCAGACAUUUCUACAAACUCUAUUAUUACUUUUAGUAUAUUUUUGUAUUGUGUAUUUUGUGGUCUGGAAAAGCAACAUCACUGGGAAUACACUGCCAAUGUUCUAAAAUGUUUCCUUACCAUGACCUGUUACAAGCAGUGCAUUGCUUGACAGAUGGCCAUGUGUUUUUUAAAAUUUCAGUUCAAGAUAAUUAUUCUUACUGUCUUUUAUGAACUGCUACUGUUCCAGUGAACUUGUAUCACUUGACUGUGUGUGAAUAAAGAUAUGGCCAACAGGAAGGAGCCAGGAAAACAGGACAAUAAAGCAUGUUAUUACUGAACAAGAGUCUUAACAAGAGCUGGGAUCCAGGCUGGCCAGCCCAGCACAAGCUGUGGCUCCUCAGCUGUGGGGAGACUGCUCUGGAUUCUAUUUACUGCUUAAAGGUAAGGGCAUCAAAUCUGGUGCUUCCUUUCUAUUUAUACCAUCUGACUGACUUUUCCCAAGUCUUCUGCAGUCCCCUGCAGUAGUCUGUAUUAAUUGGAACGGUGUUUUUCCGGUGGGGACACAGCUCAGAGUGGGCCAGCAAACCUUAUGACCUAAGCAGAUGUUUUUAGGCUUUAAAGCAAUAAGUACACUGAGUUCUGUUUUUUCCAUCCCUCUCCAGGCUUAGUUCCUAACUCUGCACAGCAGUGAUUGUUUUUACAAUGCCUCCCACCCACCAGAAGGGUGUACAUGCUAUGCAAACAUAAAAUGACCUUAAAAAUAAACAGCCAUUAGAGUGGUUCACGAGCCAAAAAUAGCCCAGCUGCUGAAUCUGCAUCCAAUCAGAAAUGUAUGGCAGUUUCGAACCUAAUCCUUAGUUCUAUUAGAGAUCAGCUUACUUCGUAUGUUCAAAUGUCUUAAUAUUGCCAGCCCCAAAAAAACUAGGAACUGCUUUUAUGCUGUAAUGAGGGACAGGCACGCCUCUAAAGAAUGCCUUCUUGGUGAGCAAGAGCUUUUCUUAAUCACAGCAGGAAAAAAAAAUCAGAAAAAGCCAAACCAAACACAAAAAACAACCCAGCCCCUUUUCUCGGUGCAUGCUGCUGAUGGCUUUUGGGGCCAUCACAUCUUCCACCAACUGGAAGCCCCAAGAAACCACGAAGUUCUUAAACUUUUAAUGACUAUGUAAAAGGAUCCUGCCCAGGAAAACAUGGGGAAAUUCAAACAAAGCCUCUCCCCCACUUCCUGAAGUUCUGUUGUGGAGCUCAGCACUGGGAUUAGUGCCUGGGGCUCCUGGCUUCUGGCCUGCUGAACACAUGGGUUUUAAAUCACAGGCUGUGUGCUGUUACAGUCCAGCCUGGAGUUUUCCAGCCUGAUUCUAUCUCCAGUGUAUUAAUAGGGCAUUUCCUGGUGGUUUGUGCUCUUUCUGUUUUAGAUAAAUAAAGGCCUUACCAGAGAUUUAUUUGCAGCUCCAGUGCUCACCUUGGGAAACAUCUGCAGGCUGGAGGGUGUGUGGGGUCACAGCCUGCUCCUGCAGGGCUCCCAGACAUGAGGUAUGGGGAUCGUUUGCCAGAAGAGGUUCCUUGCUGAGCCCUUCCCUGAAGGUGCCAAAGCCCAAAGGGCACAGCAGGGUGAAGGUGUCCCCAUUGCACACCAAGUUGGUUAGAAGGGGAGGAAGAGGAUGGCACUGGUGCAGCAGCCAGUCAUGAAAGCUUAAGAGAAGGUAAUGGGGAGAUUUGCUCUGCAAAUAAACUGAGAGGAUCCAAAAGGAAAGCUGUGUGUUCUGCUGUGCCAAGGCACAGCUCAGGCACAGACCAGCUCCCAGCAGAUGCUGACUCAGCACUCAGGGGGGAAAAGUGAGCCAGCUGCUCCCAGCAAGUCUUGUUCCCAGUUAGUCAAAACACUCAGUUUCUAUCCAAGCUGGAUUUCUGGCUCUGCCACAGCUCACAGUCUCUUCCAACUCACCACUGCUGCAAGGCAGCUUCUCAUGUUCCUCACUCAGCCUGGAUUUUUGAUUAGGAGGAGGAGCUGAGGAGUGCACAUGGUCCCAGCUGCUCCUGAGCUGUAAUGUCUCCAAUAAAAAGUACAGGCUUCCGUUUCUCUCUUUCUGCUCCAGGCCAUGGAACUUUAAGAAUGGUGCUGGCAGGAAGGAGAUGCUGCACUGAUGUCCCAUCCAUGGUGGACACAAAGCAGCUGCAAGAAACCCUUGCCCAAGACCUGUGUGCUGGAGAUGGUGUCCAGGGCAGCCAGAGAGGAGCACAGGCUCCACACCAGGGUGUAAAGCACUGCAGGGGCAAGACCCAGACAGGUCUGCUUUAUGUUCCAUGUCACAGGCAGGAACAGCCCUGGUGCCGUGCAGGUGUGUGGGAGGGAGCCUCUCCUGCCUGUGACAUCGUUCAUAAAACCUCCAAACAUAGCCGGUGCUGCUGUCCCGUGCUGCAGGUGGAGGAGAGGAGGCAGGCAGGGAAGGGAGGUGGUACGAAAUGCUAUUGAACCCUGAGCAACACCAAAGCUGGCAUUUGACUUCAAUUCCAGUAAGGGCUGGAAAUGCAAAGCAGCAAUGAGCAGGUUUUCUGUGAACCUCUCAUGGAGAGUGAGUUAUGCAACCUCCCCAGUCUGUUACUGUGGAAGGGCAGAGAAAAAGGAGGAGGGCAGCUACACAAAAAGUUUUACUUUAGCUGAGCUCUAUUGUGCAGCACCUUCUGUGGCACACACCCUGGGGCAGAGCUGCUGCCAGCAGCCGUCCUGCUGCCUAUGAUCCUGCUGCCCAGACUGCCCUGUGCAGCCGGGGAUUGCUGAGCUUUGGCCAACCUCUCCUUUUAUUAAAUCAUAAACACAAUGUGUUUUGGUGACAACCGAUGGGAAAAAUGGACUUGAGCAGGAAAAAGCAUUAACACAAGGCCAGACAGGUCUUUUUCCCUCUAACAGCAAUGAGAAAAAAAAUCACAUUUUUUACAGGAAGACUUACACAUAAGGUAAAAACAGAGUCUUGGUGGCUUCAUAUCAAAAGGAUUUCCAGUGUGCUUUUAGGAGUGCCCCUCACAGUCAUCUCAGAUGGCUCAGACAGCACCAAUAGCAGGGUGAGAGUCAAAACCGACCCACAAACCAGAGCCACCAACACCCAGGUCACAGCUUCCUGACUUCCCUCAGAGCCUCUGACUUGAUGAGUGCUCAGCAGCAAGUUAGAUCCUCUCCAAAAUGUCCUUGAGCCCCCCUGUUUCCUGUUUGAGCAGACUCUAAGAGCCAGGUGGUGCCCAUAGAAUCUUCCAUAUGCUACCGUAGGGCUUUGCACACCCCGAGAGCCAGCCCUGCUCCCCAGGCACCCAGUGCUGUCUGUGGGGCUGGGCAGCAUCCUCCCCUGCACACUCCGGGCACAGGGAGCCUCACACUCCCUGCAGGGCUGGGCAGCAUCCUCCCCUGCACACUCCGGGCACAGGGAACCUCACACUCCCUGCAGGGCUGGGCAGCAUCCUCCCCUGCACACUCCGGGCACAGGGAGCCUCACACUCCCUGCAGGGCUGGCUCCUCCCUGGGGACAGGCUGCUGCUGACUGGCUGGGCAGGAUCCAGCUGUUCGUCCUGCCACUCUGCUAAGCACAGCUGUGUGCAGAGCCCAGGGGAGCAGAGGCAGCAGCCGUGCUGUGCAUGAGCCCUGCUGGGGCUCCGGCAGGGCAGAUGCCUUCCCCCAGAGCUCAGCACAGACAGCCUGGUGUCAGCACAUCCGUCCCGCAGGGUGUGAGCUGCAGCUGCAUUUGCUCUUUCACCAGCACCAGGUUGGAGGCAGACGCAGCCCCUGCGGGCUGAGCAAGCCCCUGUGUCUGCGCUGGGUCCCACAGGCACUCGGGGUGUCACACACCGCAGCCAUCUGUUUGCAAGGAAAAGCUUUGAUGAUGAGGGGUUCUACAAAAUCCACUGGCAAAGAGCUGUUAUUCUGGGGGGGAUGACAAAUGGAGACUGUCACACUUGGCUGCUUCAGGAUUUAGCAGUGCUGCUGCUGGUCCCUAUAAUACAGCAGUGGAGGUUGUUGCCUCCUUAAAAACGGGAUCUGGAAUGCAGCUGGUGUAGCCCUGGAGCAGGGGCAGCCCUUACAGCACACCCUGGAGCCUAAGGACAGCCCUCGGGAGCAGCUGCGCUGCCGCACAAUCAGCAAGUGAGCAGCGCUCACAGCAGUACCAUCCUCCCUCUCUCCUAGGGAUGCUCAGCAGCCAAAGCCCAGCCACGGCUGUGGCACAGAAGGGAGAAAGGAUGUGUUCGUUGGUUGAGACCUUACAAGUUAGAACUCCACAGAGCUUCCCCGAUUUCAGCAUCCUUCAGGAGAAACAUCUGGGCAGUGCAUGAAGAAUGGGGGAGCCCCCAGCACUGGAAAUGCUGAGACAGAGAUCCUGCAAAACAAAGCAAUAGCAUGACCAUAUCUUAAUGGCAACUAGCACUUUAAAAGGAUGUGACUAAAGAUUUCCCUCUUUAAAAAUAUGGCCUAGUGCUUUGGGUUCUGGUGGCUUAAAGACAUUUUCUCUGUGGUGCAAGUAAUAAAGGCAUUUGGUUUAAUUUUUAAGUGGAUAUUGCAGUUUUGAAAUCAUGAAGUAACUGAUUGCAACUGAUGGACCAGGAGAGGUCAGGUCCUCUGCUUAAUCACUUGUUUGUACACGGGAAAGCAAGGAGAGAGGAAGGCUCCACUCCUGAGCAGAACAGAGGACACAAAGGCAAAUGGGCAGGUCUUCCCUAGCACAGGAAACCCCUUUUGUACAACACAAAAAAUGCCACACUGUUUGCAGAAUGUGAUUGCUUUGGCAGUUCAUGUGUUUUAUUUUACUCACAGUAGCACAUGUGCUGGCACAACACUGCAGGAAUUGGGAGAACAUGAAAGCAGUUUUACUAACCCAGAGCCAGAGUUCAUCUCUCUCAAAAUCGUGAGGGGCAGCAUCUAAGACACACCUGCAGACCAAUACUUCUGCUGCUCAAGUCUCUUGUCAGUCUGGUGAGAAACUUGUGGAGGCAGUGGUUGGCCCUGUGUGACCAGUCCUCCCUCUCAGUCUGCCUAAUCACUUUCUGAACACAUUUUUGUUUUGGCACUUCGAGCAUCCUGUGCCAAUUAGCUCCACAAUUCCCCAUCACACUGUGUGAACAAGCACUUCCCCUCACCUCUGCCAGUUCAGGGGGUGCACCCUGCUUUCUAUACCACAGCAUUGUUUCUCCUAUUCAUCUCUGUGCCAGUGACAGCUGUGACAAAAUCUCCCUCUGUUAGUGCCUUUUCCAGGUCGAACAGUUUAAACCAGCCCAUUUCUCUUUACACAGGUGCCCUCCCAUACAGUGUUAUUCUUCUCUGUACCCUUCACAGCUCUGCAAUGCCCUCUUUGGCUCCAAAAGGACAAAUUCCAAUGGACCAAGCAGGCUGCACAGACUAUUCAAGAUGUGGCUGCUACCUGGAUUUGUUCAAUGACCUAAGUACAUUCACUUCUUGGUUUCCUUUCCCAUCUGUCCUAACCUUCUUAUUGCCUUCUGACUCACUGCUGAGCACUGAACUUGUGAUGUCAGAAAUCUGUCCAGUGACCUCAAGCUCCUUCCUGAGAGAAAAUAGGUCAGCGCUGUGUAGUCAGGGUUAUCCUCCUGUGGCACUUGCCAACAGGCAGGGUUCUGCUGACUGCAGGCUCACGGCAGUGUUUGCAGCUGCUGGCAGGCGCUGGGGUGCUGUGGGAAGGUGGCUUUGCUGCCCAGUAAGGUUCUGAAAUCUUGCAGAUAAAGCAGAGCAUCCCCUCUAUUCCUCGCCUUGGCAGCCCAGCACAGCGUGACCUUGUUUUCCUUUGCGAGCAGCACCCAGCAGGACAAUCCUGUACAGUAAUUUCACGA